AUGCGCUCUUUCAUUUCAAAGUGGGAGAAAUCCGUGAACCGGAGGCGCGCGUUUACACCGACAGGAGCGCACAGAAGAGGACGAGACCCGUUCUGGUGCUGGUGUAAAGAGAAGCAGCGGAGUGGACCAUGGAGCUGUCAGGGGAGUCGCGCACGACAACAACGACUAACCUCAAAGUUUGGGCUUGAUGAGCGCAGUUUGGAGAGUUUGAUCUUCAAAGACGCACUCCGGAGAGUCUGCGGGGAUCCGAGCCGCUGCCGAGGAGGUGUUCCACAUUUGUAAUGGUUUAAUGAGCUCCGUGUUGGAUGAGACAGGUGCAGGGAUUUCACGCAGCGUGGCUCACUGAGCUGCCAACGAGGUGUUCUUUCUCGAUUAUAUGACAGUUUUUGCGCACAAGUCACUGUUUUAGAGGUACAGAUCACAGACAGGAAUUAUCUCUCUUUUUUUUUUCUUUUCUUUUUUUGGAGUAGGUGUAUUUUAUUUUAAAGUGUAUUUAACAGCUCGAGACUGCCUCUGUAAACCCAAGUCCUGAAGGGGAGCCCCACGCACAGCCGACAUGCCCCUGCAGCACCGUUUGACCGGAUUUUACGCAUCUCUUGGGGAAAGAGCGAGCUGAAGAAUUACGCGUGUGUGUGGUGGACAUCGACAUUCCCAGCAGCUCAGGGGAGAGCACUUUGUAAACAGACAGGGGGAAAAGAGAAAAAAAAACAGACCAGAAACGGAAAGAGAGAGGCUGCUUUCAUUCGUUUUCAUAAAUGGAGCUGCGUAAAUACCUGUUGUGCUUGGAGUUUAUCCUCCUUCUCAAAGAGCUGUGUCAGUGUUUCAACAUCGACGUGAAGCAUCCGCGAAUCUUCACCGGUCCAGAAGACGCUUUAUUCGGCUUCUCAGUCUUGCAGCAUGAAGCAGACGGAGAGAAAUCGAUGUUGGUCGGAGCUCCCUGGGACGGACCGCCCAACAACAGGAAGGGAGAUGUGUACAAAUGCAUUGUGGGAGAGGAGAAGAACUCAAACUGCAGCAAAGUGAAUCUAGGUGAAACCGCCCUCCAGAACGUCUCUAAGAACCUGAGGAACUCUCACCUGGGGAUGACCCUCACUCCGGACUCACCUGACGGCUUCCUGGCUUGUGCCCCUCUGUGGUCGCAGGAAUGCGGCACGUCCAUGUUCAGCACCGGCAUCUGCGCUUCAGUCAGCGAUGACCUGGAACCGAGAGAGACCAUUGCGCCGACUGCACAAAGAUGCUCCACGUACAUGGACAUCGUGAUCGUGCUGGACGGGUCCAACAGUAUCUACCCCUGGUACGAGGUGCAGAACUUCCUCAGCAACAUCCUCAGCAAGUUCCACAUCAGCUCAGACCAGAUGCAGGUCGGCAUCCUGCAGUAUGGCGAGGUGGCCGUCCACGAGUGGUCGCUGAACGACUACCAGACCACACAGGAGGUGGUGGACGCCGCCAAGAACAUCAGCCGCCAGGAGGGACGGGAGACUCGCACUGCAUACGCCAUCCACAUGGCCUGCACCGAGGCGUUCAGCACCGAGCGGGGAGCGAGGGACGGCGCCACCAAAGUGAUGAUCGUGGUGACCGACGGAGAAUCUCACGACGGGGAGGAGCUACCGGACGCUCUGCAGGAGUGUGAGAACAGAAACAUCACCAGAUACGCCAUCGCCGUUCUGGGUCACUACAUCCGGAGGCAGCAGGACCCCGAGACGUUCAUCAACGAGAUAAAGUACAUCGCCAGCGACCCCGACGACAAAUACUUCUUCAACGUGACCGACGAAGCUGCGCUGAACGACAUCGUGGACGCUCUGGGAGACCGGAUCUUCACCCUGGAAGGUACGCUGGGCUACAACCAGAGCUCCUUCCACAUGGAGAUGUCUCAGAUCGGCUUCUCCACGCACAAGCUGGACGACGGGAUUCUGUUCGGGAUGGUCGGCGCCUACGACUGGGACGGCGGCGUCCUGAAGGAGGGCACCAACGGGCGCAUCAUGCCGCCCAGAGAGGCCUUCGAGAGCGAGUUCCCGCUGGAGCUCAAGAAUCACGCAGCGUAUUUAGGUUACACGGUGUCGUCCGUGGUGGUCGGUGACUGGAGGAGGCUGUACGUCGCCGGAGCUCCUCGGUUCAAACACAAAGGCAAAGUCAUCCUGUUCCAGCUCAGCGACGACGGCGACGUCGACAUCGUGCAGGCCCUCAAUGGAGAACAGAUUGGUUCCUACUACGGCAGCGAGGUCUGCGGGUUGGACGUCGACCAGGACGGCAUCACUGACGUCCUGCUGGUCGCUGCUCCGAUGUACCUUGGAUCAGGAAACAAGGAGGCCGGAAGGGUUUACAUCUACACCGUCAGCGGGGAGGAUGUGUUUGUCUCUAAUGGGACGCUGAAGUCGGAGGAGAAGUCCCAGGACGCCCGGUUCGGCUACGCUCUGGCAGCAGCUCCAGACCUGAACCACGAUGGAUUCACCGACCUUCUAGUUGGAGCUCCGCUGGAGGACGACCACCGAGGAGCCGUCUACGUCUACCACGGCAACGGCAUCUACGUGAUCCACGACUAUAAACAGCGGAUAUCUGGGUCAUCGAUUUCCCCGUCGCUGCAGUACUUCGGCCGCAGUGUGAGCGCUCGCUUGGACCUGGAUGGAGACGAGCUGAUAGACUUGGCAGUGGGAGCUCAGGGCAGCGCUGUGAUGCUCAGCUCUCGAAGCAUCGUCCAGAUCAACGUCAGCUUGUCCUUCCAGCCGCACUCCAUCAACGUCAUCCAGAAGACCUGCCAGAGAGGCGGCCGGGAGUCGUCCUGCCUGAACGCCACCGCCUGCUUCACCACCGUGUCCCGCUCGCCUGGACCUCACAGCAACAGCUUCGACCUGUGGGUGUCGGCCAUGUUGGAUGACAGGAAGUUGUCGGCGCGGGCGCUGUUCGACGACAGCUCCCACCGACAGACACAGCUGUCGGUCCGAGUCCACACGGGACGGACCAUCUGCUACAAGCUGCCGUUCCACGUCUACGACACAGCGGACUACAUUCGUCCAAUCAGCUUCUCACUGCGGUUCAAGAUCAACGACACGGAGAGCGGUCCGGUUCUGGACGAAGGCUGGCCGACGACUGUCAAGAAAUCUAUCCAGUUCUUCAAGGACUGCGGCGAGGACGACGUCUGCACGACGGACCUGGUGCUGCAGGCCCACAUGGACAUCUCAGGGACGAGACAGAGGCCCUACGUGAUCCGCAGCCCUCGUAGGCGUCUGGCGGUGGAGGUGCAGCUGGAGAACCGGCUGGAGAACGCCUACAACACCAGCCUGACGCUGCACUACUCGCGCAACCUGCACUUCUCCAGCCUGAGCAUCAGGGAGGACGCCCACUUCAAGAUCGAGUGCACCGCAUUGGGCUCCAACAGCCACUCGUGUAACGUCAGCUACCCGGUGUUCCGCUCCCAGUCCAAGGUUAACUUCAUGCUGGAGUUCGAGUUCAGCUGCACGUCUUUGCACAGUCGAGUGCAAAUGAAGCUCAACGCUGCCAGUGACAGUGUGGAGCGAGAAGACACUUUGGGCGACAACAGCGUUCAGCUGCAGAGUUUUGUUCAGUACGAACCCGAUCUGUUCGUCAGCAGCGACUCUAACUUGAACCGCUACGAGGUCCACCCGACUCGGACGGUGUCGGAGGCCAUCGGACCAGAGUUCUACACACACCUCAGGCUGCAGAACCUCGGCUGCUACUCUGUGAGUAAUCUGGAGCUGCGGCUACAUCUGCCCUCGGUGGCUGCAGGAGACCGAGUGUUCAUGACGGUCACCGACGUCUCCUCGCACAACGCCACGGGGGUGAACUGCAGCGUGCUGAGUGAUGCCGCCCAGCUGAAGGCCAGACAGAGAGACGUUCGGCCUCUCCAUCCCGAAGACAUGAUGCAGGAUGACAUACUGAACUGCAGCCGGUCCUGGUGCACGGAGGUCGUGUGCGACGUCCAGCAGCUCCUGAGAGGCCAAGCCGCCAUCGUUCGGGUCAGCCGCAGAGUUCACGACGACUUUUUCAGAAAAGCCAAAUAUAAGUCAGUGAGGAUAAUAGGGGCGUAUCGCCUCACGGCUCAGGAGACGAACCUCAUCACUCUGGGAACAGGAACCGUCUGGAGGGAGACUGUGCUGGAGGUGCUGAAGGGCCGAGCCAUCCCCAUCUCGCUCUGGAUCCUGAUCGGCAGCAUCAUCGGUGGUUUGCUGCUGCUGGCGCUCAUUAUUUUCAUCCUGUGGAAGCUCGGGUUCUUCACGCGCAAACAGAGAGGAGAGGACGAGAACCACGAGGACUGAGCCCGGGUUCUGCUGCCACGACGGCGGCCGUUUGCCACCGGAUGAGAAAGAGUCGGCCUCCUGUGGGGCGCCGAGCGAGUCCCGGUGCCGGGAGUCGAGACGAGGACGCAACGGGGACCUCCAGGACCAAAAGCCAGCAUCGCCAGGGUCCAACAGAAACGCACUACCCAGUAUUCCCAGGGUCGGGGGGCACUUAUGUACAUAAGCUUUGUUUUUUUUCUAAUUUUAAGGAAAGUGUAUUAAAUCACAGUUCUUCUAUUUAACUUACAGACGUGUUCAUGGUUUUUAUACUUCAGACAAUCACUCGGUUCUACAGGUUUUGUUGAUGAAAUUAAAACUGUUCAGAGACGU